AUGAGUUCAACAAAACAACUUCCAAAUAUUGUCAUCUGUGGUACACCAGGUGUUGGUAAAUCUCGUCUUUGCCAAGAAUUAUGUUCAGCAAAUAAAUCAUUAACAUAUAUUAAUGUUAAUGAUUUAGCUAAAAAAGAAAAAUUUCUUCUUGAAUAUGAUGAAGAAAAUGAAUGUCAAAUAUUAGAUGAUGAUGCUGUACAUGAUUAUCUUGAUGAUGAAUAUUUUCAAAAAUCAUCUCCACCAUCUGGUUUAAUUAUUGAUUAUCAUAGUGCAGGAAUUGUACCCGAUAGUGAUCAUAUUCAUGGUGUAUUUGUUGUUCGUUGUAGUAACGAUAAAUUAUAUAAUCGAUUAAAACAACGAAAUUAUUCUGAGAAAAAAGUUGAACAAAAUAUUCAAUCAGAAAUUUUUCAAGUAUGUCUCGAUGAAGCACGAGAAUCAUUUGAUGAAAAUAUUGUUCAUGAAAUAACAAAUGAAACUGAAGAAGAUUUCAAAAAAAAUAUUGAAAAUUUAACAAAUUGGAUUAAUCAAUGGUCAUCAAAUGAUAAUACAAAUAAGAAAAAAUGA